AUGCAGGAUCAAAUAAAGUUUGUUAUUCCUGAUCGUGACGAUGAUCUGCUUAUGGAGCGAUCCGGCACCUACAUGGUCACCAAUGUCGAUGAUUUGCAAACUUGCAUUGAGAAUUUUCGAGAGUUCGAAGGACGUUACUCGGACGAGGGACCCGAAUGCAUGCUGAAAUUCUUUGACUCGCUCUUUUUCAUGGUCAAAAAGCCCACCUCUGCAGACGAUGUUGAAGUAAAAGAUGCCAAUCUCUUACUGAAUCUGGCCGAAACGUUAACCGGAGGAAUGGCUGACGUCUUUAACUACUCGCUAGAAGGGCUACCAUUUAUGAUCAGAAUGUCUACGGAAAAGCUACAAAAAGAGGAAAUUCAAAUGGCUUUGAAGUCACGAACAAGUUUGAUGAUGCAUUUGUACUUACUCUGGCGUGUUAAUUCAAGAGUGGAAUCGCUUUGGAUCAAAUGGCAUGCUCAGCAACGAAUGCAAAUGCCAAAGAAUCGAACAAAAGGAAAAGGCAAAAAGGGAGUUGUGAGAGAGGAAGAAAAUGAUGACUUUGACUCAAUUCCAAUCGAUGUUGGAAUGGAAGAUGUGCAACUUGACGGAAUAAGUCGAUGGCCACAAUUGCGAUUGAGAAUUUGUGAAAUUUUGUGCCACAUAUUGUCCGCUGAGGCCGUUGAUGCCGAAAAUGGAACCAGGAUCAGAAACGCGAUUCGAUUUUUGUGGUCUUCCGGAAUUGUUGAUCCAUCGUUUAUCAAAACCAUUUCUCGCAUUUUCCUUGAUUGGUUGAACAGUGAAGAACAUCGUUUUAAGCAAAGUACUUGGCUUUUGCAAGCCUGUCGUAUAUUGGUUCCACUUGUGGUCGGUUUUGGACAGUCUGAAGCGCUUGGAGCUCUCAUUCUCGAGAAGACGAUUCAUCUAGAAUGGAUAAAAGACUCGUUUCCGUUUAUUGAGGCUAUCCAGAGACAAACAUUUGAUCAGCGAAAGCCAAAUCUAGCAGGAGAUGUGCUUGGAAAGAAAAAUGCACUUGAUGGUGUCCUAGUGAGUAUGGUUGUUCAAAUGGCUGCUUUUCGUCCACAAGAGCUAACUUCUUCGAAUAAUAACACAACUCGAGCACUAGUGUGCUUUAUUCAAACUAUUUCCGCUCGUGCACCUCACGUUAUGAUUAAAUACAUGGGUAGUAUGGUGAAAUUUCUACGAGAAGAUCCUUAUCAAUUGAGAGGAGCUGUCUUGACAGCAAUGGCUGAAUUGAUUUUAUCAGAAGAAAUGACUGACCAGCGCUGCAAAAGUAAUCCGUUGAUUCGAGAUGCAAGAGCUAUGUUUUUCGAUACUUUGCAGAAGCACUUGCGUGAUCAGGCAACACAGAUUAGAGCAAAAGUCGUUUCAUUGUGGAGACAAUUGGCAGAAGAGAAAAGAAUUCCCCGUUCGGUGAUUGAUGCUGGAAUCAUUGACUACAUUGGAGAGCGUCUCGAAGAUAAGCAAGUGCUUGUUAGAAAGCCGGCCAUUGCAUUCAUGUCAACCUUUCUUCGUAAUAACCCUUAUGGCCACGACUUUUCUUUUGAAGCCAACAAAGACGCUUUGCAACAAGUUCUGAUUGAACGUGAUGGACUUCUGGCUGAGAAUCCAGAAUUCGCUCUUCAGCGACGAAUGGUAGAACAAUUUGGAGCCGUUAAAAGUGUCAUUGCUGAAGAAUUCUUGGCUCAAUUGAAACAAGACGCGGAGGAAGUAGAAAACGAAGAAAUCGAUGACCCAGACGUCUUGAGAGGGAUUUUUCCAAUGUUGGUAGUGGCUGCUAAAAGUAGAAAUCGGGAAAAUCUGAACGCAACUGUAACAGCAGUUCUACAAUUUGUUCGUCUUGGGAAAUAUGUUGACAAAGGACUUAAUAUUGAACUAGAGAAAGACGUCCUAAUCAAGAGGCUCCUAGAAGUUACGCAAGAACGAUUCAUUCAAUGCGAAAUGAUCAACGCAAUUGGAGACGACACAAAACAACUACAAGCCGAAGAGCAGCGUGCAGAUUGGAUUGACAAAGUAAAGAAAACAAACGCUAACAUUGCACAUCUAAAGAAUAAAAUUCAUCUCGAGCUGGCAUUAGCUGAUACGUUGCAAUCGGCCCUUCGUGGUGCAUUGCAAGGAGAUGCAGCAGAACUUAAAGAAGCUAUUAAUUUCAUCAUUGAAUGCAAGAAUUUCGAGAUUAGAAAUGUCGAUGAUGUCAUCAAACAAGUAUUUGCGUUGAUUUGGCGAAACAGUAUUGAGAUUCAACGAGAAGUUCUGAGUGCAGCUCGGCGAAUGCUUCUUUCACAGAAUAGUCAAAGAAAAGUUGCCGAUGAAGCUACUGCAACUAGAAUGAUUGAUGUCUUAAAAGAUACAAAUGAGGUCGAGUUUCUUUGCAUCAGCGAAGUAAUCAAGCGCUUAUUUACGGCCGAAGAUGGUGCUGAGCUUAGCGGCGGAGUGUUGAAUCAUUUAUUUACUUCAAUUAUGUGCGACAGUGAGAAAGCAAAAGAAUCAAGAUUGCCAGCUUUGAAACUUUUGUCAAUUUUUGCGAGAAUCGCUCCGGCAGACAUUAGACAAAAUUUGCGACUUCUCCAAGGCUUGAUUACAAUGGCAUGUGAUGAUGAUGCUAGUGAAGCAACGAUCAAUAAUGCUGUGGCGGCUCUUGGUGUUGUAGCUGAGUGUGGAACUGACACCAAGAGAGAAGGUGAAAGCGAUGUGACGAUGAGACCUCGCCGUCAAUUGGUUCGCAUUCCAGCUAACGAUUCGCUCUUCACUGACAUUGAUGAACAUUUCAUAUCUCGGUUUCUCUCCAAUGAUUGCGAAAAUUACGGCCACAUCACAAAAUUGACUCUGGAGGUUUACUUCAACUUGUGCGGCCAAUCGGGUCGUGUCGUAUGCGGUCUUAUGGCUAAGAUAAUAUGGUAUUUGCAAAGAGCCACGAGGGUUUUGGCUUUUUAUGAGGCUGAAUCAAGUAAGGCUUCAAGAAAAGAAGGAGGCACUGGAUCCAAAGGGGAAUUUUUGGCUGAAGCUUUGCACCAUUGGCGAGUCUACCACGAUAAGAUCCUAGAACGAACAUUGACCUUCUGUGGCGAACUGGCUCAACAAAUCUUCAUUUACAUUGAUGAAGUUAUGGUUGGAGAAUUGAAGCGAAUGCAAGAAAUUAUAAGCUCCGAAGGAAUCGCAAAGAAAUCGACAGUGGCUAACUCAAAUUCAAAGAAGAAGAAUCAAAGCAAGAAAGAUGCGACAAAGGAUGAUUUGGAUGAUAACCCCACAAACUUUGAGGUUGUUCCCGAGCUCACUCCACGAGUUCUUACUGCAUGGGAAGCAGACAGUGCUUGCUACCGAGGCUUAUUUCAAGCACUGCAUCCUAAAAUUCAAUCUUCAAAAGCCGCUGAUAAUGCUGGACAAGAUGAUUCCGGAGCGGUCGAUAUGGCAGGGGCACAACUUUUUAAUCAACUUCUUCCUCCACAUAUUCUCGGCCGUAUUGCUCCACUUGUGAAUUUUUGUGUACGAGCUAACAGCACAUCAAAAACAACCCGAGCUGCAGCUGCAACAGCUUUUGCAAAGAUGGUCCCAUUGGCACAACAAUACGCCAAACGUGCGUCGUUUAUGCUAACUCUCUUGAUGACUGCAUCGCAAAAUCCAAUGAUCCGCGAGAAUCUUCUUAUUGCAAUGGUGGAUAUUUACGAGUUUGUGCCAAUAUCUUUCGAUAACUACCAGGCGGAGCUUUUCAAUAUGUGCCGAGAUGUUAAUGCGUGUGUUCGAGAGACGGCGCUACUCGUGUUGCUGCAUGUAACGGCUGAUGGACUUGUUCAAAAUCGAAGUGGUGUUGCCGACAUUGCUCGUUGUUUUGUCGAUCCGGUCGAGGACAUUCAAAUCAUGGCAAAGAUGUUUUUUGCAGAGCUGUCAACGAAGAAAAAUAUGAUCUUCAACGCUAUGCCGGAUUUUCUUUCACGUUUGACACGAAACAACAAUCAAGUUUCUUUCGAGGACUUCAAGAAAAUUAUGACGCCCCUGCUUGAAUAUUUGGAAGCUUUGGAAAGCGAGGAUUUGGUUCUGCGUGUUUUGCAACGAAUCGAAUCGAUUGAUUCCGAAUCAUUGAUCAAGAACGAGCAGCUACCACUUUAUUUGAUUUGGGUGUUAAACAUGGUCGCAAAGAAUGAGAAGAGUUUUUCAAAGAUUCGUGAUCACCGCAAAGCUAUUGAACGACACUUGCACGUCGAAGGAGUCUGGGAGUUAUUUAGUGCCACAAUAGAAAAAUUACGAAAAAUUCAAUCAUCAAAUGCUCAUUUUACGGAUGAUCUUGAACGUCUUUACGAAGAAAUGACUAAAAUUUAUGAGAAAGCCAUUGAUACAGCCAAGACCAUAAAGAAGGCCACAGCUUUUCAACGACGAGUCAAACAAGGCGGCGGUUCUCGAGCAACUCCAAAGAAAAUCGCGGCGGUGGUGACCAAGCAAAAGCGGGCUUUUCUUGAGGAUCUCGAAGAAGAGGAUUCAGAAAAUUCGGAU